AUGCGGCAGCCUGAUAGCCUAGAGAGCGCCACGAAAGCAAAACACCCAGCGCGUGAAGAACACAGGAGAGAGGCGGGCUCAAGAGCCGAGGUUGAUACAGGGGCCGCAGGGCGGGGGCGUGGCUGCAGGCGACUCCCGGAUGUCCUCUUCCGGAACAGGUCUGUGCCCCGGAAGCAGUUGUUAGUUGAGGGAUUUUGGUCUUUCUACGGAGACUGUGGGGGUCCCGUCGCCAUGUUCCUGUCAGCUGUCUCCUGUAAGUGGGGCUGGAGGCCCCGGCAGCAGGGCGUACGGCGAGGGCGGGAGGCCGCGAUAGGCAGGCCCCGGGACCGUGUGGGGCGGGGUGUGCGCGCUGGCCGGGAAGCUGCGGCCUCUUCACGCCUUCAGGACUACAGCGUCCGGCAUGCCCCGCGGCCCUCCUGUGCGGGACGAGUGGGUCCUGGGGGUCUGCGGUGCUGGUUCUGGAUUCAGUUGCGGUUCGCAGGGACUGUGGAGUCAGUUGCCAAGAGCAAGUCAAAAACGAUUCUGGUGAAAAUGGUGAGCCAAGCUGGGACAGGUUUCUCCUUCAACACUAAGAGAAGCCGACUGCGGGAGAAACUGACUCUGUUGCAUUAUGAUCCAGUUGUGAGAAAAAAAGUCCUCUUUGUGGAACAGAAAAAGAUACGCUCCCUCUAAACAAUGGAUUGAAAAUGAAUUUGAUUUAUAAAUGAGAAGACUGAGGGCGGGACACUGAUUCAAAAUUCUGCAGCGCGUAAUAAAAGAAGAGGAAAUGGCACGGAAUCACUGCCUCCUGUGAUUUGAAAGCCAUUGUGAAGGAAAACAAUGCAGUGAAAGAAAGUUCUUCAUAUUAGGACAUAUAUCAUUGCAUCACAUUUAUUUAUCUUUCUGGAUAUUUUUAUAGCCCUUAAUAAAAAAAUAUUAAAAUA